GCUCCCACGAGAACCAAGCUUCCAAACGUCUAGGGGUCUAACGCCUCCCACGACGUCCGAAGAUGGCCUCCGCGACGCAGCACCGGCGCACCUUUCCCCUGGCCAUCCUCCUCCUGGCCACGCUGGUGCCAAUGCGAGCGGCGGCGGCGGCCGGCGGCGCCAGCAAGGCCAGCUGCGAGGGCGAGAAGUUCCCCGCGGGCAGGAGCUACGCGCACUGCGCCGCGCUCCCGUACCUCGGCGCCGCGCUACACUGGACCUACGAUGCGAAGGCCGCGUCGCUGUCCGUCGCGUUCGUGGCCAAGCCUGCGGGCGCGGACGGCGCCGGUUGGGUGUCGUGGGCGAUCAACCCCACGGGCGACGGCAUGAAGGGCGCGCAGGCGCUCGUCGCCUUCAAGGGCGCCUCCUCCUCGGCGUACGUGGUCAACACCUACAACGUGACGGGGUACCGCCCACUCGGCAGCGCGUCGACGCCCAUCGCGUUCAAGGCCACCGACCUCGCCGCCGACGAGAGCGGCGGGGAGGUGCGGCUCUACGGCAAGCUGCAGCUGCGCCCGGGGAUGCAGGUGGUGAACCACAUCUGGCAGGUGGGCUCCGCGGUCACAAGCGGCGCGCCGGCCAAGCACGCGUUCGCGAAUGAGAACCUCGAGGCCAAGGGCAAGCUCGUGCUCGCCGGUGGCUCGCUGGCGCCCGCGCCGGCGCCAUCGCCGGAGCGGGCGGCCGGAGGCCAGUCUGCAAAGUCCUCCGGCAACGGCGCGCCGUCUGGCGGGAAGCAGUCGACGGCGGCGGCGGGCACGUACGUGUCUGCUCCGGUGCUCAUGCUUCUGGCGUUGGCGGGUUUCUUGGCGAUUGUAUGACGAUGAUCAUUUCUUUCCAGCCUUGCUUUAUGUUAUUCAGAUUUGGGUUGGAAAUAAAAACAAUUGUUAUGUUGU